UGCAAUGCAUGCAAGACUCAACUCGACCAACUGAACUGUAGUAAUUUCGUCUUUAAAUUGCGGAUUUUCAAUAUGCUUUUACAUUCUUUGGUGGCUUAAAGAACAAAUUUAACACCAGGUGGAUGGUACUCGGAGUGGCUUCUCGCUGAAAUAAUAGAGCUUUGCUGCAACCUAACGUGUGUGUUAAGUUCAGGUUCUCGUACAACUCAACUCAACUGCUGCAUGCUGCUGCACACACCCACCGUUGUAAACAGUACACAGACGGGCAUGACACUGGCUGGCAGGAAGAGACGAAUAAACACUGGAUCCUACACGCAAUGAAUGUGACCUACGGACGGAAGGCCCAUUUUAGAAGGACUGUUGAACGGCUAGUCAUUUUAGUCUUCGUCUGUUUGCCAGCUUGAAGUUGUGUUUAAUUUCAUGUAUUUUUAAAAGGAACGUGUGGGAAGAAAAUACUGCCAAAAUGCCGGAAGUUAAAGAUGACUUCGACACGUCAAGUGUUCGUGUGGCACUCAGGAUUCGUCCCCAGUUGGCUAAGGAGAGGAUAGACAUGUGUCGAGUCUGCACCUCGGUGACCCCUGACCAGAACCAGGUCAUGCUGGGUCAAGACAGGGCGUUCACCUUUGACAAUGUGUUUGACCUUGACAGUCAACAGAACCAAGUCUACAACUCAACUGCACAUUCGUUGAUUGAGGGAUGUUUUGAUGGUUACAAUGCGACAGUGUUUGCCUAUGGCCAGACCGGGGCCGGUAAAACUUUCACCAUGGGUACAGGGUUUGAACCUGGAGUAACUGAGGAGCAGCAGGGUAUAGUCCCUAGGGCUGUCAAGCAUUUAUUUAAUGGGAUCGAACAAAGAAGAAACGAAGCUCUGGAACGGAGUGAACCCCCGCCUGAGUUUAAAAUUCAUGCACAGUUUAUGGAGUUAUACAAUGAGGAGAUCUUGGAUUUAUUUGAUUCAACCAGAGAUGUGGAAGGCAGUAGGCAUAAGAAAUCUCACAUCAAGAUUCAUGAAGACGCCCAGGGAGGUAUCUAUGUGGUUGGCGUGACGACAAGAACUGUAGCAUCAGAGCAAGAGACGUUAGUGUGCCUCCAAGGUGGUGCGUUAUCGAGGACGACGGCUAGCACCAACAUGAACGCACAGAGCUCAAGAUCUCACGCUAUCUUCACUUUACAUAUCAAACAACAGCGUCUUGUAAAAGAGUCAAAUGAAGAUAAUGAGGAAGAACAGGAAAAGACUGAGGAUAACUCCGGAAUGAACGAGUUUGAAACGCUGACUGCUAAGUUCCAUUUUGUUGAUCUUGCUGGAUCAGAGCGGUUAAAGAGAACCGGUGCUACGGGGGACCGUGCAAAGGAAGGCAUAUCAAUCAACUGUGGACUGCUUGCAUUAGGUAACGUAAUCAGUGCAUUAGGAGACCCUACAAAGCGUGCAAGCCAUGUGCCAUACAGGGACUCUAAGCUGACUAGACUGCUACAAGACUCGCUGGGAGGCAACAGUCGUACUCUGAUGAUAGCGUGCGUCAGUCCAUCCGACCGUGAUUUCAUGGAGACCCUAAACACCUUAAGAUAUGCCAACCGAGCCAAGAACAUCAAGAAUGUGGUUGUUGCUAACCAGGAUAAGACAAGUCGACAACUCGCAGCGUUAAGAUUAGAGAUCAGGGAGCUACAGGAAGAACUUGUGGAAUAUAAACAGGGUAAAAGGCAGGUAAAUGCAGAUGGUGUUGAAGAAAUCAACGAUCUCUUUCAUGAGAACACAAUGCUUCAAACUGAAACGGAAAACUUGAGACAACGUGUGAAAGCCAUGCAGGAGACGAUUGACUCUCAGACAUCAAGGAUAGCUGUGCUGCUAGCUGAACAGGCAAGAUUGGGUCUCAGUAGCAAGAUGACAGGAGAUGGGGAAGGUGGUGAUGAAGAGAUGAUGACGAUGGUAGAGGGAUACAUCAAGGAGGUAGAAGAUCUGAGGUCAAAGCUUGUUGAAAGUGAGUCUCUGAAUGCUGUACUGCGACGUAAAAAUGUCCAUGAGUCACCAAGUAGAGCGCCCUCUAGGUCCAUGAUGAGUCCAACCCACAUCCCGCUGACGUCUAGCAGUGCAGAUUACAAUUCUAGGCAGCGACAUUGUUCUGGAGAACGGAUUGAGGCUGAAAUACCAGAGAAUAGCCGUGUUGCUUCUAUUCUAGCCGAGGCUCGGAAACACGUUGAACAUGACCAAGAAAAAAUGAGAGUGGCUGAAGCAGCUAGAGAAAGACGAUCAUCAAAGUCAAGAACACACAGCCAUUCUGAUAAAGAAAAUGAGUCUGGUGAUGAAAAAGAAGAUGCAGAAAAACCUGAAGUUACUUCAGAGAGACUAAAUGGAGAUGAAGAGGCAGCAGAGGAGGAGGAUAUUGGAGAUGAGGAGGGGGAGGAGGAGGAAGAUGAGGAGGAAGAUAAAGAAAGCAGCGAUAGUGAUUCAGAAGAUGAAGAUGAAGAAGAUUUCCAGGUAGAUCUUCAGAUGGAAACUCAAUCACAGCUCCAGGAGGACCUCGCUGACCUAGCCUGCGAGAUAAACAUCAAACAGAGACUGAUCGAGGAGUUAGAGACGAGUCAGAGAAGAUUACAAACAUUGAAAGCUCAGUACGAGAUGAAGAUGGUGUCUCUACAAGAUAAGAUUAGAGAAACAGAGUUGGAGCGAGAUAAGAUACUUACUAAUAUGGGUUCUCUUACCGAGACAAGAACACAAGAAAAGGCCGAGAAGAUUAGGAAGGAGUUUGAGAUCAAACUGAAGAAGUUGAGCAGCGAGAAAGAUCGAAUGCAGAAAGCGUCCAAGGAACAUUCCAAAUUACUGAGGAAUAAAUCUCAGUUUGAGCGUCAGAUGAAGAUGCUGACUGGAGAUCUGUCUAAGAUGAAAGAAACUAAGGUGAAACUGAUGAAGCAAAUCCGUGAGGAGCAGCAGAGAGCGAGGGAGAAGGAUGCGGUUAGCAAUCGAGCCAUCCAGAAACUCAAGAAAGAAUCAAGGAAACAUGAAAGUAAGAUCAAGACGCUUGAGGCAGAGGCUAGGCAGAAGGAGAUUGUACUCAAGAGAAGACAGGAAGAGGUACAACAUCUUCGCAAAAUGUCCAAACCCAUGUCUGACAAAGUAGCCGGGCGAAUAACGAGUCGCCGCCCACAGCAGCAAGACACUUCAGCUAAAAGCAACGGCCCAGCCCCAUCACUGCAGGCGACUACAGCAGCUCGUAGGAAGCACCCACUGAGUGCUGCGAGUCAGAAGAGACGACAUGAACGCAAGGGUACCAGUGAGUACUCAUCAAGAGCCGCUAAGCAGAAGUGGACACAGAUUGAAAGGAGGGUAACUGAUAUUGUAAACAGACGGCAGACCAUCACCCACAUGGAGCAAGAUAUGGAGCGUUACCUCCACCAUCGGCAACGCCUCAGUAAGAAACGAGAGAAGACGUUCCGUCGUCGUGAUGAGGCAAUCCGAGCUGGGAAAGACGCUACUGCGGUAUCGGAGUUGAAUGAUCAGAUUGAUGGACUGAAUGCGAAUAUUGAGUAUGUGCAAGAACAGAUAACGGAAUGCCAGGCUAAUAUCAUGGAAGUUAUGGAAGGAAAGGAGGGAACAUGGGAUGAGGUAGAUGCAGGAGAUGUUGCUGUUGUCAUUGAUCACUGCUCGUUGCAGGAGGCUAAAUACAUGCUGGAACACUUCCUACAGCUGACUAUCAAUAAGGGUCAGCACGCAUCUCAGAAGGAGUCCCAAGUGAAGGAGUUAGAAGCCAAACUCCACCAGGAGGAGCAGAAUAGUUUCCUUCAAGCCCAGCUCCUUCAACACGUCUUAUCGGAGCAGGAGGAGCUAGAUGUAGAGUUUGAUGGUCUCUAUGUCCAACCGGAACCAGAGAGCAGUAGUAGUGCAGAAAGCUCUAGAGCGCCCUCGCCCAUCGAAACAAGUGCUAGUACCCAGAAUGCAUUGCAGAAUCAUGCUAACACUGGUUCGUUACCUCCUUUUGAUUGCCUACUACCCACAAUUCCUGCUUCUCAAAUUCCGGUUCGGACAACAAGGGACAAGGCAAGACGUCGUACAGCCACCCAAGAAGAGCUUCUGUAUGCAGGCACCAAGGACCCCAGUGAACCUACCCCUCUUCUGCCUCUUAUGGAGUAUAGUGAACACUCGGGGGAUGACUCGAGUCAUUCUACAGAUACUGUCAUCUUACCUCCUCCUAGGCUCACGUCAGCAAGGAGGGAAAAACCUGGUCAGCGUCUUGAUACUUCAUCUCCGUUACUCAGAAGGAAGCUUCAUAACCUUCUUGCUCCUCAACCACUCACUCACUCAUCUCCUAUCGGCUCAGUUGAGCAUACUCCCGACCCAUCACCUCCAAGCUCACCACCACCCAAUAAAGCCAGAAGUGACAACGUGUUUUCUCGUCUUACUCAGAACAACUCACCAGCUGCUUCACGUAAUGGAAGUAAACAAUCUGAGGAAGAUGAUGGAGGGAUAAUCAACCCAGUGGCCCUCAAACCUCAAGGCAAGCAGCCACUGGUUUGUUCCUAUACAGCAGAAGGUCACACUAAAGCUGUUCUAUCGGUACAAGCUACAGAUGAACUCUUAUUCAGUGGUUCUAAAGAUCGCUCAGUGAAAGUUUGGAAACUUGAGACUGGUCAAGAACUGACGACCCUUGCUGGUCAUCCUAACAACGUAGGAACAGUUCGAUACAGUGAGAAGCUUGGUUUAGUAUUCAGUGUAUCCACAGCGUAUAUCAGAGUAUGGGAUAUCAGGGAACCUGCAAAAUGUAUCAAGACAUUAAGUUCCUCUGGCCAUGUAUUAGAUAGUAGCGCUGGUAGUAGUCUAUACCGCAGCGCUGCAUUACCAACUGGAGAAUCACAGAUCAAUGAUAUCGCUGUCAACGAUACCGGAACCAGACUAUAUGCAGCUGCAGGGAACAUCAUAAGAGUCUGGUCUCUAAACAAUUUUCAAGCGAUUUGUAAGUUGUUUGGUGGACCGUCAGCGGCUAUUAUGUGUGUUGUGGUUGACACUCAGGAGGAUUGUGAUUACGUGUAUGCUGGAUCAAAAGACCACUACAUCAAGGUGUUUGAAGUCCCAAGUGGUGCUACUGGCUGUUUAACGGCAAAGCAUAAUCUUGACCCUCCACAUUAUGAUGGGAUACAAUCCAUCGCUAUUCAUAAACAACUUCUCUUCAGUGGAUCAAGAGACGCUUGUAUUAAGAAAUGGGAUCUGGAGAAGAAACAACAACUCAAGACUAUCAACAGUGCACACAAGGACUGGAUCUGUGCAUUAGACUUCUUGCCAGGACGUGAUUGCUUACUUAGCGGCUGCCGUGGAGGCUACUUAAAGUUGUGGCAUUUAUGGGACUGCUCACUUAUUGGAGAAAUGAAAGCACAUACAAGUCCAAUCAACUCUAUUGCUACCAAUAAGACGCAUGUGUUUACAGCAUCAAGUGAUAGGACAGUCAGCGUAUGGAAGCCCCAAUGUGCCAUGGAAUCAACCAAUGGGGAGAAUGGCAUAGAAAGCUAGUUGUAGCACUCUGUCUGAUGCCUAGACUUCACUGCAGGUGUUAGGAUAGGACAGUCAGUGUAUGGAAGCCACAAUGUGCCAUGGAAUCAACCAACGGUGAGAAUGGUGUGGACAGCUAGUCUGAUGCCUAGACUUCACUGCAGGUGUUUGGAUAGGACAGUCAGUGUAUGGAAGCCACAAUGUGCCAUGGAAUCAACCAACGGUGAGAAUGGUGUGGACAGCUAGUCUGAUGCCUAGACUUCACUGCAGGUGUUUGGAUAGGACAGUCAGUGUAUGGAAGCCACAAUGUGCCAUUGAAUCAACCAACGGUGAGAAUGGUGUGGACAGCUAGUCUGAUGCCUAGACUUCACUGCAGGUGUUUGGAUAGAACAGUCAGUGUAUGGAAGCCUCAAUGUGCCAUGGAAUCGACCAAUGGUAAGAAUGGCAUAAAGAGCUAGCUGCCACUCUCUGUCUGAUGCCUAGACUUCACUGCAUGUGUUUGGAUCAUUGUACUCCUGACGUGCCUUGAGGAAUUAGUCAGUUCACUAGGGAACUUGUUUGUACCAUUCUUAUGUUGAUAAACCGCACCAAGCCCAUGUUCAUGGCUCUGCUUAAAGUGAAUUUUGCAAUUACGAUUACUAUUCUCCAUCUAAUGUGCAAGUGCCAAAUUUCUGCGCUAGCUGUGUAAGCGAAGAAUGUAUAGUAGAGUGGAAUAUGCGCACGCAAGAAAACAUUCCAUGGUAUUCGGUGAAGUACCUGACAUACACAUUCUCCAUUUAAAAAAGUUGUGAAUCUGUGCCAACAACAGUUUGUGACAGUUGAGGCCCCCCAUACAAAAUGUAUAAGUGAUUGGGCUGUGAGUUGAGUUCAUCUAUCUAAAGAAAAAAGUGUGUCUCAAAAUGGGCUGUGUUGUCGUGAUAACAGGGAGUCUUAGGCUACAAAUUUACUGUGAACUCUCACAUCGAUACGUCGGGAUAUUAGGCCAUAAGUUAUAACACAUCGUUAUUUUAUUUAUGUAUUAUUUAUUGUAAUUUGGAUGGAAUCACUCGGAAUAUUAAAAGUUAAUAAUUUAAAGAAUGAUGUAGUUUAAAUUCCUAGUACCCAAGCUAAGUCUUUUGCACAUGAACUUUGUUUUUAUUUAUGAUUAUUCAAGUAAAAAAUUGGUAAAUAACAAUUUUGAUCAAAGUCAACAAAACAUAUAAAGAAAGGCAACACAUAUUUAUAUAAGCUGUAAUGGAUUGGUUGCUCCAUAGCUUGGUCGGUUGGAUGAUCAAUCAAUCAAUUGGUUGAUCGAUUGACUGCCUGAACAAUCAAAUUAUCUAUCGAAAAGAAAGAUUUUGACAUUUUGUGUUUACAUAAUUGUCAAUUUAUUAAUUGAUUGAUUGAUUAGUUGAUCUAUUGAUUAAUUGA